GUAGGUGGCGUUCGGCGGCUAACGUCGCGUUGUGUGUGGCCGUAGCAGCGGUGUCGUUUCAGCGCUUUAUGCGGCUUCGUUUCAGCGGUGGCGACUAUUGUCUGGAGCGACGUUCACUGUAAACCGUGUUUGUACAUAAAGGAAGACGCAGUUCGUUGUCAAACCGCUCCUAGUUCAUCGCGGUGCAGCGAAACGAUCGUGGAAAGGUCCCGUGAUAGAGCGCUAAGGCUGUAAACGCUGUCCAGCAUAUAGACGGCGCCCACGCCCUUGUUUUUGUGAUAUGAGUCGCCAGCGUUAAACGACACGUUUUUAGUGAGACGCUCCGGCCCACGGAGCCCAACACCCAUCUGCCUUCCACUGUCACCAGAUAGCCAGCGUGAGAGAUGGGGAUGCAGGACCGAUGACACAGCCUCUUCACGCCAACCUUCAGACAAUGCGCUGGACCUGCGGACUCGCUUUUCUGGCCCUGGGCUCCCUCCUCACCCCCGGCGCCGCAGGGGCCUCCUCGACGGACGCCAGCGGGAACCGCACGCAAAAUGGCAGCGCGGCGGAGGGCGGCUUCGUCCCGCUCGUCUUCACCAAAGUGAGCCAGAUAAUUGCCCGAGAGGGGAGCUGCGCGCUGAUUGACUGCAAUGUCACUGGAGAGCCGUUCCCCAGCGUGCAGUGGUUCAACUCCCACGGAGACCGUCUGGACACGGAGACCAGCGAUGGCAAGUGGUGGCUGCUGGACAACGGCGGCCUCAACAUCACCAGCAUUGAGUUUGCAGACCGUGGCAAGUACACCUGCAUGGCGUCCAACGCGCACGGCAGCUCCAACUGUACGGUGACGCUGCGCGUGGUCUUCACCAACGGCGACAUGGGCGUGUACUACAUGGUGGUGUGCCUGGUCACCUUCACCAUCAUCAUGGCCCUGAACGUCACGCGCCUCUGCAUGAUGAGCAGCCACCUGAAGAAGACGGAGAAAGCCAUCAACGAGUUCUUCCGCACCGAGGGCGCCGAGAAGCUGCAGAAGGCCUUCGAGAUCGCCAAGAGGAUCCCCAUCAUCACCUCGGCCAAGACGCUGGAGCUGGCCAAGGUCACGCAGUUCAAGACCAUGGAGUUCGCCCGGUACAUCGAGGAGCUGGCGCGCAGCAUCCCGCUGCCGCCCCUCAUCAUGAACUGCCGCACCUUCAUGGAGGAGAUCCUGGAGGUGGUGGGGGUGGAGGAGAUGAGGCACACGUUCCUCAGGCAAACGCCCGAAGGCCGGCGCGAGGCGGCCGGCCGGCUCACCUCCGUCGGGGUGAGGGACAUCUUCACCGUCCUGCAGGAGCGCGAGCGUGCGCAGGGGCCGGAGCGGGAGCGCAGCGAGUCGCCCGCCGCCGACUCGGACAACUCCUCGGUCCACGAGCAGCCGCAGCACAUGGCCAUCCAGGUGUCGGUGCACCCGCCGCUCCCAGCGGGGGGUUACUGCAGCAUCGAGGCCCCGCCCCCGACGGAGCCCGCGCCCGCUUCACCUCCCCCCCCUCAAGACGAGCAGCCGGAGGCGGAGGCGGAGCAGGAGGCCGACCAGGCUGCACCCGAGCCCACAGCCAGUAGGAGCCCCCCCUGCCAGGUGUUCUACGAGAGCCAUGUGUGACGCACGAACCCUAGAGGAGCAACGAUUAUCCUUCUAUGCAUUUUCACUUGAAUAUAUAGGAACAUCUGGCCUGGUUGCACAGACAGGGCUUAACGUAACUCAGGACUAGGCCAUAAUCUGCUCCAGUUAAACUAGAACACAAAGACAUGAAGCGAUGGCAGCUUGGGAGUAAACAAUGUUAGCCCUCAUUGAUUUACCCUAGAGCGCAUUGUCUAAUGGUGAUGUGAAUCUGGAGUCAAACAAGGUCAAGGUUCCCCCACUAAUUAACAAUACUAAUCCAAAACAGCGUAAAGUGCGACUGAGUGACUCUGUCAAGUCACUUUAGCCUCGUCUGUGCAACCAGACCUUCAAACUACACAUUUGUGUUUCUCUUUUCUGAACAGAUUAGCAUUAGCAGGCUGUUCUAUGGAGAUUAUACCAUGAGGUUUUUGUACACUGCGUUUUUCUCACCCUUGACUUUUCAUGCUUGAAUGUACACCAGAGGCAAAAUCGUUAUUAUGGAGUAAGCAGCAACCGUAAAGGGACGUUUUUAAAGCUCAGACUAUUUAGAGGGUUUGGGUUCCGUCAGUUUCUGGCAAAACAAAGCGCUCAGUUUUUAGCUUCGUACAGUGCUGGACUUUUUAUGACCAAGUCAAAAAAUCUGCCUCAAGCUGCUCUUCAUGACGAAUUUUUUCCAAACCAUGAAGGCAACGCUUCGUCCGUCUCCUCCAGGCUCCACAUCCAGCUACUGUUAGUGUGUGACGCUCCAGAUGCAUGCUGGACUCAAAGAUGUUUGCGCUCCGCUUUAUGACUAUAGGGCCUGAUACACUUCUAUAAAGACGUAAGGAAGCCAGGCACAUCUGUGUACAGUGCAUUUCAUGGCCCCCCACACACCUCCAGGUAGUUUGUUUCUUUUAAAAUAUUAUCAGUUGUGUGAUUUGUUGCUCAGUUAAUGAAGUAGGUUUUGACGUCUUUUGCCUUUUCCCUCUUCAGCAGAGAACUGUAGCUUCUUCCCGUCUUUCGUGCUGUUUGAAGAUUUCUUUCCACCUCUGCAUCGUCUCGCUGCUGCAGAGGCUUCUACAGUACAUUUGCAUUUCUGCUGCAUGUGAAAGCGAAAGCGUUCGACAUCUUUCUCUGGGACUCAAAGGACUCUCGUCCUUCCUCUUCUGCUUGGUUAACAGUCCAGGCUGUGGCUGACUUGAACUCGACUCUGUUCUGCUUUUACUGGUGCUCUUGAGAUGCCUCUCUUUUGUAGUGGAAUUAAAUGCAAGUGCUGUGUCCAAACCCCA